GGUGUAGAAGGGGCUUCAUUUCCACACGACCCUUUCAUGACUCUUUUCUUCUUCAUGCUCGCCUAAGGGGCUUGGAAAGAUGAGCUAAAGCUUGAAGAAACUGAAAGCUGAUCGGUGGAACCAAAACCCUGAGAGCUGCUUCUACUGCUACUUCUAAUUAAUUCUCAUGGGGAAGAGAACACCCAAAAGUUGUCUUUUCUUCUUUCUCUUUCUCUCUCUCUCUCUGGUGAACCAACAUUCAUCCGCUCUGCAACAACACGACCUCCAUGAAACCCACCUUCUUUUAUCCUUCAAAGCUUCCAUUUCCAAACACCCAUCAACCUCUCUCUCCAACUGGAAUCCUUCUCUUCCCACCUGCCAUUGGAAUGGCGUCACAUGCAACAACCCCACCAUCUCUAAUUUCACUAAAAUCACUGCCAUUAACCUCUCUGCUCACAACAUCACCGGCACACUUUCCGAUUCCCUUUUCCGACUACCCUACAUCCAAACUCUCGAUCUCUCCGACAAUCAAUUCGUCGGAGAACUCCCCCCGACUAUGUUCACUGUCGCCUCUUCUUCGCUUCUGCAUUUGAACUUGAGCAAUAAUAAUUUCACCGGCCCACUUCCCACCGGCGGCGUCUUUGGGCUUCAAACAUUAGACCUAUCCAAUAACAUGAUUUGGGGUUCGAUUCCUGAAGAUAUCGGAUUGUUCUGUGAUCUUCAGUUUCUCGAUCUGGGUGGGAAUGGUUUAAUAGGGGAGAUUCCGAAUUCGGUUGCGAAUCUCACUUCAUUGGAGUUCUUAACGUUCGCGUCUAAUAAAUUGAGUGGAGAAAUUCCGAGGGAAUUGGGAGGAAUGAAGAGGUUGAAGUGGAUUUAUUUGGGUUACAAUAAUCUUUCAGGGGAAAUUCCUGAAGAAAUUGGUCAUUUGGGUUCUUUGAAUCAUCUUGAUCUUGUGUACAACAAGCUAACAGGGAAAAUUCCAGAGUCUUUUGGGAAUCUCACUCGACUUCAAUAUCUGUUCCUUUACCAAAAUGGUCUCACAGGUACAAUUCCUUCUUCGAUUUUCAGUCUCGUGAAUCUGAUUUCUCUUGAUAUAAGCGACAAUUCUCUCUCGGGGGAGAUUCCGGAGCUUGUAAUUCAAUUGCAGAAUUUGGAGAUUUUGCAUCUGUUUGGAAAUAAUUUCACGGGAAAAAUUCCGGGAGCUUUGGCUUCUCUGCCUCGGCUGCAGAUUCUUCAGUUGUGGUCCAAUGGAUUUUCCGGCGAAAUUCCAGAAUUACUUGGAAGACGAAACAAUCUCACCAUUCUCGAUGUUUCAACUAAUUUUCUUACAGGAAAAAUCCCAGAUGGGCUCUGUGAUUCUAAACGUCUCUUUAAGCUCAUCCUCUUCUCCAACUCUCUCAUUGGCGAAAUCCCACAGAGUCUCUGUUCUUGUCAGAGUUUACGGCGUGUUCGGCUCCAAAACAACCGCCUCUCCGGCGAAUUAUCUCCAAAAAUAUUCACGAAGCUACCACUUUUGUACUUUUUGGAUAUCUCCAACAACCAAUUUUCCGGCCGAAUCGACGGCAACAAAUGGGAUUUGCCGUCUCUCCAGAUGAUGAGUUUAGCGAGAAACAAAAUUUCAGGGAACUUGCCGGAAUUCAUAAGAAACGACAAAAUCGAGAGUUUGGAUUUCUCAGCGAAUGAAUUUUCAGGUUCCAUUCCGGAGAAUAUCGGAAACUUAUCGGAGCUAAUGGAACUUAACUUAAGCAACAACAAUCUCGCAGGUGGAAUCCCAAGUGAAAUAUCUUCAUGUAAGAAACUCGUGAGUUUAGACUUAAGCCACAAUCAACUAAGCGGCGAACUCCCAGUAAUUCUCACUCAAAUUCCCGUUCUUGGCUUCCUUGAUUUAUCAGAAAACAAAUUCACUGGCGAAAUCCCACCAGUCUUCGGCCGAAUUCCAUCGCUCGUUCAGAUAAAUAUUUCUCACAAUCACUUACACGGAGCAUUACCAGCAACAGGAGCAUUUUUGGGUAUAAACGCAAGCGCAGUAGCCGGAAAUGAUCUUUGCAGUAGCCAUAUAAUAAGUACGAACAAAUUACCGUCAUGCAAAAAGCGUCGUUAUAACAACUUAUGGUGGUUUAUGAUAGUAUUGGGCGUGGGUGCGUUGUUGAUUGGGACAGGAGUGUUGAUUACAAUACGACGUCGGAAAGAGGCAAAAAGAGCCGUAGUAGAAAACAAUGACGGAAUAUGGGAGGUAAAAUUCUUUGAUUCUGCAGCGGCGAAAUUAGUGACGGUGGAGGCGAUCAUAUCGCAGUCGUCGUCGUCGGAGAUUCAAUUUGUGGUGGAGAAAGACGUGGAGAAAUGGAGAGUGGAAGGGAGUUUUUGGAGUGAGGUUGAGGAAUUAGGAAGGCUUAGGCACCCAAAUGUUGUGAGAUUGUUGGGCACGUGCCGGUCUGAGAAAGCUGGGUACUUGGUUCGUGAGUAUGUGCAAGGGGUAAUUUUGAGUGAAAUGGUUGGGAGUUUAAGCUGGGAACGACGUCGUAAUAUCGGUGUCGGAAUUGCCAGGGCUUUGGAGUAUUUGCACCGGCGGUGUUCUCCGGGAGUUAUUGCGUCAAAUUUGUUGCCGGGGAAGAUGAUCGUGGAUGAGAAAUACCAACCACGGCUCGUUAUUGGAUUAUCCAAGACCAACAUUUCUCCCUACUAUUUGGCCCCCGAGGUUAAUGAAAGUAGAGACAUAACGGAGAAAAGUAAUGUAUAUAGUUUGGGAGUCAUUCUCAUCCAAUUGGUUACCGGAAAAGGACCCGUUGAUCCGGAGAAGACUGUCCACCGGCAGAACCUGGUGGAAUGGGCACGCUACUGCUACUCCAAUUGCCAUAUCGACACGUGGAUUGAUGGCACGAUGACCCCCACCGCAGCCGCCGACCUGAACCAGAUCGUGGGGUUUAUGAAUUUAGCACUCAACUGCACCGCCGCCGACCCCAUGGCGAGGCUGUCCUCACACCAUGCUUACAAAGCCAUACUCUCUCUUUCUCGGACCACUUGCUCCUCUAAACUGUGCUCCUCGUAGUCUGUCUUUUUUUAUCCUUUUUUUUAAAAAAAAAAUUUUGGAAUUUCCCUUUUUGUUUCUUUUUGUUUUUUUUUUUUUUUUUCGUUUUAAGUAUCAGGUAUUUUUACAAAUAUUGUGACCCAAGAAGUUAAUGUUUUUUUUUGGUUAUGUAGUAUGCUUUUUAACCUAUAUAGUGAAAGAGUGUGUAAAGUAAAACUGUAGAUAUGUUAUAAUGUCAAUGUUAUCCCCUAAUUAUAUAUGAGCUAUGAUUGCAUUCGAGU